CAAGCCAAUCCCAAGUUCCAAGAUCAACUUACGCAGCUCGUAAACGAAGCUCGUAACUCCGGACCAUUCGAAGGAAAUGGUGGUCAUGUCCCACUUCCUGCUGACAAGCCAGGAGAGAAUGGUUUGAUCGGAUUGUUAUCAAACUCCAUUCGUAAACUAGUCAAAGAAACUGGUGUAUCUGAUGCUUUGUCACAAUCGUUGCCGUCACUAUUGGGAUCACCACAUUCUUCAUCAUCGUCUUCUGCUGCUGCUGCUGCUGCUGCUCGACACGGAGCCUCAUCUUCCUCCUCCUCCUCCUCAGUUGAUGGCCCUGUGGUCUCACAAUCCGUUGACGAAAACGCCAUCACAAACCAAAUUCGUGGAAAGGAUAUUCGUAGACAGCCUUCUACAGCUCAGCGAGCAUUAUCUGGAAUUUCAUCCUUCCUUGGAGGAGGAGGCGGUAACACUCCAACCCAUGCUGGUCUCCCAAGAAUUCCCGGAAUCCCUUUACUACCUGGCGGAAUUCCUCGCAACGCUCAGGGACAAAUUGAUGUCGUCAAUCUCAUCGGAUCAAUUACUCGAAGACUAUCCAAUGGUACUACCCUGGCUGAUAUGCUCCCACCUGAGCAGCUGCAGACUUUGGCUGACAACGUUACGGAUGCUUUGCUUCCCGAAACUCCUGCUGACUUCGACCUUAGCAAGUUUAUGGGCAGAUGGUUCGAAGGAAUCAACUCACCUCGAGCUACCGAACAACGAUGUGUCGUGCAUCAUUAUGGAGGACUGACCAAGAAUGACAAGACCGCCACAUUCACAGCAUUGAAAAUCUACAGA